AUAUGCUACAGGUUGGACAGCAUCAUCUCUCAGAGACUUUGUUCCAUUCCAUCCUGCUGGCUGGCUGAACAGACCCUGGAGAGAUAAGGAGAUGGAGGCAUGAAGUGAAGCACUGACUUGCCCAAGCUCACACAGGUGUACGUACGUACCUGAGAGAAGAUUUGAACUCUUGUCUUCUGUCUUCUUGACUCCAGGGGUGAAGCCGAUUGACUGUCUGACACCCUGCACCUAGAAUACAAAAGCAUGGAUGGUGCUGAUGAAGAUCUGACGUACGAAAACAUGCAGACUGAAGUGAAAAAGUUUUUGAAGGCUUUUCCCGACACAAAACUGCAACUAGAAAAACUUAUCAAAGAGCUUCGCUGCUUGGCAGACAAAAUUGACAAGGUUCACAAGAAUUGCACCAUUACCGGUGUAGCAGCCAGCUCCACGGGUGCCAUCUCGGGCCUCCUGACCAUAGCAGGGUUUGCUCUUGCCCCUGUAACAGCAGGAGGGAGCUUGGCCCUCUGCAUGUCUGGGACGGGAUUGGGAGUCGCAGCUACUUUGACUGGUAUUGCUGCAAGUGUUAUUGAUAUUAGCAGUGACUCACAGGGGAAGAAAGAGUUAGAUGAGGUUGAGGGAAAGAUAAAAGGUAUUGUGGAACCUCUAACUAUAUUGAUAAGUGGAAUUGUUGGUGCAAUGAGGAGCCUGAGUAAAUCCUUCCAUGAUGUCAUCCCAAACGCCCGUGCCUUGGGCCUGGUCAAAUCCAGCCCAGGCUUGAUCAACAAGAGUUUUACAGGCACAGUAUUGGCCAUGACCAAAAAAGCCAGGAUAAGGGGUGCAAUGUUUGCAGGAGUUUUUGUUCUAAUGGAUAUAGCUGCCGUUGUGCAAGAUUCCAUGCAUUUAUCAAAGGGGGCAAAGGCUCCAACAGCAACAAAACUGAGGGAGAAAGCUCAGAAUUUGAAAGAGAAACUGCAGGAGCUUUCUGAGAUCUAUGAGACCCUGCAGGAAAUGGAGACGCAAUCGACAACCUAAAAGCAGUAGGCUGGGGCAGUCUAUGGACAAUGGAUGAGGGUGUCCUAGGAGAAGAACGAAGGGAACCCUAUUUUAGGUUCAGGUUUUUGAGACCGAAUAUCUGAAUUUAGUCCUGUAUCUGUAUCAUGCUAGCUGAAAGACUCUGAACAAGCCACUUUGGAAGCCAAGGGUUGAGAGUUGAAUGGAUGCUUACAGUUCAAUUCUUCUAACUGACUUAUCUUACAGACCAGUUCAAUUACUGUUAACUGCCUGGGGAAGGGAGGGGGCAGGGCAGUGCAGAUGGAAGAAGGGAAUGAUUUGCCCACAAUGAUACUGUCACUUUAUGAGCAUUUUAGUUAUUUAGAAUGAGAUUUCCCUUUUUUUAAAAUUGCCUCUUAGAUUUUGCUAUCAUAUCCAUUGUAGUUGACUUUUGAGGGUUUGUUUUGUAACUUGCAACUUUGCUAAGAGCUAUUGUCUCAAUCAGUAUCUUUGCUGAUUCUUUAGGAUUUUCCAAGUAUAUUGUCAUAUCUUCAGCAAACUGUGAAAGUUUUAUGGUUACAUAUAGGUAUAUAUGUAUAUACAUAUAUAGUCACACACACAUAUAUACAUACAUACACACACAUACUUUGAGAGCUCUGUCAAGUAAUUGUCAGGAGAGUGGGCAUCCUCACUUUACUCCUUUAUUUCUAGGAAAAGGUUCAAGUGCAUCCCUAUUACAUAUGAUCCUAGUAGCUCUGGCAUGCUCUUCAUGGCAUUUUUUAAAGGUUCCUCACUGAGUGAAGUGAGCAGAACCAGAACACUGUACACUGUAACAGCCACAUUGUUCAAUGACUGCCUUUAUGGAUUUGGUUCUUCUCAGCAAUGCGAGGAUCUAAGACAACUCCAAAGGACUCAUGAUGGAAAAUACUAUCCACAUCCAGAGAAAGAUUUACAGAGUCUGAAUGCACAUCAAAG